UUCUUCCUUAGACACGCCGCCAACCCCAUUAGGACCCGAGCAGCGUCAUUUUGCAAGUCUGACGUCUGUGAAUGUGAUGCGCGUGGAUGUGGAGUAACUGUCCACGGUGCUGAAAGCGCCGCGCACCGCCGCAGUGACACGGAAUGCGCUUUCGGGACUCUUGCAGCAUGCAUGCGAGCACCCUCUGAUAUUUUACGUGAACUUUAAAUCCGUAGCAGAGCCAAAACAGUGUCGGAAUGCUGCCCAACGACACCUUCAAGAACCUGGAGGACGGUUUAUAUCUGUUAAACUCCUCCAACGAUACGCAAACCGGAGACUCUCACGGCAGCAGCGCGAUCUUCAUCUCCUUCAUCUAUUCCGUGGUGUGUUUGGUUGGACUAUGUGGCAACUCGAUGGUGAUUUAUGUCAUCUUCAGAUACGCCAAGAUGAAAACGGCGACAAAUAUCUACAUUUUGAACUUGGCGAUCGCGGACGAGUUGCUCAUGUUGAGCGUGCCCUUUUUGGUGACCUCUUCCCUACUUCACCACUGGCCCUUCGGGUCCCUCCUGUGUCGUUUGGUUUUAAGCGUCGACGCGAUCAAUAUGUUCACCAGCAUCUAUUGUCUCACCGUGUUGAGCAUCGACCGCUACAUCUCCGUGGUGCAUCCCAUCAAAGCCGCCCGGUACCGGAGACCCACCAUCGCCAAAAUGGUCAACUUGGGCGUCUGGAUGUUCUCCAUCGUGGUCAUCUUACCCAUCGUCGUCUUCUCCACAACUGCGCCAAAUUCUGACGGAUCCGUGGCGUGCAACAUGCAGAUGCCCGAGCCCGAGAGGCAGUGGAUGGCUGUGUUCGUGAUUUAUGCCUUUCUUAUGGGCUUUCUGUUUCCCGUCAUCGCCAUAUGCAUGUGUUACAUCCUCAUCAUAGUGAAGAUGAGGGUCGUGGCGUUAAAAGCGGGCUGGCAGCAGCGCAAAAAGUCCGAGAGGAAGAUAACACUCAUGGUCAUGAUGGUCGUAACUGUUUUUGUCAUUUGCUGGAUGCCGUUUCACAUCAUGCAGCUCGUCAGUGUGUUUGUUCAACGGCACAAUGCCACCCUCAGUCAGCUGGCUGUGAUUUUAGGGUAUGCGAACAGCUGUGCCAACCCCAUUCUGUACGGAUUUCUUUCGGACAACUUCAGGCGCUCCUUCCAGAGGAUCUUAUGUCUCAGGUGGUGGGAAAACGCCACGGAGGAACCCAUUGAUUACUAUGCCACGGCUUUAAAGAGUCGAGGAUACAGUGUGGACGAAUUUCAGCCGGAUAAUCUGGAAUCGGGCAGCACUUACAGGAACGGCACCUGUACAUCCAGAACCACAACGCUGUAGGACUCCGCAGAGCCGUUUACAGAAGCCUUGUUUAGUCAUCUGUUGUCAUUGAAGUAUGUGCUAUUAAAUCGUUUUUUCCCGUUCUUUUGGUUAAACUUUAAAAUGUCUGUCAUUUCAUGCGUAAACAAACAUUAUGUAAAGAUUCGUUGAUGUGCAUUCACGAAAGUAUUAUUUAUUUUUAUAUUUUCAUAUUUCAAUGCGUUUUGAGCUCCUGACAGUGUUUGUUAAUGACUUACCG